AUGAGAAUCAAAUGCAGAUUGAGAGAUGUCCUUGCGCUGCCAAUCUUCAAGCAGGAAGAACCGCAGCUGUCUCCUGAGAAUGAUGCCAAACUGCCUCCCUUUCAGUACGUCCUCUGCACAGCCACGUCACCUGCUGUGAAGCUGCAUGAAGAAACCCUGACCUACCUCAACCAAGGUCAGUCUUAUGAAAUCCGUCUACUUGAGAAUAGGAAAUUGGGAGAGUUUCAAGAUUUAAACACAAAAUAUGUAAAGAGCAUAAUUCGUGUAGUUUUCCAUGAUCGGCGACUGCAGUACACAGAGCAUCAACAGCUCGAGGGCUGGAGGUGGAGUCGGCCUGGGGACCGCAUCCUUGAUAUAGAUAUUCCACUGUCAGUUGGUAUCUUGGAUCCCAGGGCCAGCCCAACCCAGUUGAACACUGUUGAAUUUCUGUGGGAUCCAUCAAAGAGAGCCUCAGCAUUCAUUCAGGUACAUUGCAUCAGCACAGAAUUUACUCCACGGAAACAUGGAGGAGAGAAAGGGGUGCCCUUCCGGGUGCAAAUCGACACCUUUAAACAGAAUGAAAAUGGUGAAUACACAGAACACUUGCACUCUGCAAGCUGCCAGAUCAAAGUGUUCAAGCCUAAAGGAGCAGACAGAAAACAGAAGACUGACAGGGAAAAAAUGGAGAAGAAGACCACCCAAGAGAAGGAGAAGUAUCAACCUUCCUAUGAGACAACUAUUCUCACAGAGUGCUCUCCCUGGCCAGAUGUGCCUUAUCAAAUGAACAAUGCUCCAUCUCCAAGCUACAACAGUUCUCCCAACAGCUUCAACCUUGGAGAUGGCAACAGUUCUCCAACCCACCAAGUGGAGCUCCUGCCUCCCAGCAAUGAUCAUCUCCUUCCUUCUGCUUCUAUUCAAGAUGCCCAGCAGUGGCUUCAUCGUAAUAGGUUCUCUCCAUUCUGUAGACUCUUCUCAAGUUUUUCGGGUGCUGACUUACUGAAGAUGUCCAAAGAAGAUUUUGUUCAAAUCUGUGGGCCUGCUGAUGGAAUUCGGCUCUUUAAUGCAAUCAAAGGAAGAAAUGUAAGGCCCAAGAUGACAAUUUAUGUCUGUCAAGAACCAGAGCAAAACAGAUCCCAUCUCCACCAAAAACGAGAAAAUGGAGAUGGCAGUCUUUGUGUGUAUCAUGCAAUCUUUUUGGAAGAGUUGACCACGCUGGAAUUAAUCGAAAAGAUUGCAAAUUUGUACAGCAUUUCUCCACAGCAGAUAAAUCGAAUCUAUCGGCAGGGACCCACAGGGAUCCAUGUAUUAGUGAGCAAUGAGAUGGUGCAAAACUUCCAAGAUGAAUCUUGUUUUGUUAUCAGCACAUUAAAAGCUGAAAGCAAUGAUGGCUACCACAUCAUUUUAAAAUGACCGUGCUGCACAGAAAGACUUUAACAGCCUAAAAUUUAGUGCCUCACUGAGAUUGCUACAACCUAGACUGGAAACAUGAAGAACCUUCUGGAUAAAAUGCUCCUGUGAACUAAGAAUUAUUGAACAGCUUAAGGAAAAACUUGCUUUUACAGAUAUACAUUUCUGGUGGUGUGUGGUUUUGUUCUUGGUUGUUGGUUUUUUUUUUUUUGAAGCUGGAGCUGAGAACAUCCUCAAAGCUUGUACAUGUUUCUUCCUCCCUCCCUUCCUCUUCAGUCUUAAAAAUUAUGGAGGUUUCUGCUUAUUACUUAGAAAC